AUGAAGAAGAUGACUUUUACAGGAACGAGACCCAGCUCUAAUGAGGCCCAUCACAUCAUGGGCGAGGGCUCGGCCCGUUUUCACCCGAAACGAGGGAUGAAGUGUCGUGGACAGCGUCAACCUGAACGUGGUAUAAGAACCAAACGGAUGCAGUACACCGGGAUUCUUCAGUCCUCUUCUGACGAGAUCGACCGACGAAUCCAUGCACUUACAUGCGAAAUUAAAGUCUCCCCAACAAGGCUAUCUCAGGAGAUUCGUCGAAACCCACUUUCUCUUCGUGUCUGUACUUUUAUUUCGGGCGCUAUUUCUCAAGCCUUCAGUGGCACGUGCAAAGUCGCCUCAUGCGCAGAUCGUCUAGGCUCUGAUUCUCAUGCUUGCGGAUAUUAG